GUCAGACUAUAAAAGACCAAAGCAGAUCUCCUGUAGGCUUGAGACUCUAGAUUGCAUUAAUCUACUCUAACAUCAAUAUCUAUAAACAUGUCUCAAACACAAGCUCACCUUUGUUUCCGCUCCUUCGUCGAGGCCCUAAAGGCCGACAACGACCUCGUCGAAAUCGACACCCCCAUCGAUGCCGACCUCGAAGCCGCAGCCAUCACUCGUCGAGUCUGUGAGACUAACGACAAGGCACCCCUGUUCAACAAUGUUAUUGGUAUGCAACACGGUCUCUUCCGCAUUCUCGGAGCUCCCGGUUCGUUGAGAAACAGUUCGAAAGACCGCUACGGCCGUUUGGCCCGACACCUUGGUCUUCCACCCACUGCGACUAUGAGGGAGAUCCUUGACAAGAUGCUUGUUGCUAGCGAGAUGCCUCCGAUUGAGCCCACAAUUCUCCCUACCGGACCUUGCAAAGAAAACCAUCUUGAGGAGUCGCAGAUUGAUCUGACAGCUCUUCCGGUUCCAAUGGUCCAUCAGUCUGACGGUGGAAAAUACAUUCAAACCUACGGAAUGCACAUUAUUAAGACUCCCGACGGCAAAUGGACUAACUGGUCCAUUGCCCGGGCCAUGGUUUCCGACGAAAAGCAUCUGACUGGACUCGUCAUUCCCCCUCAGCAUAUAUGGCAAAUUCAUCAAAUGUGGAAGAAAGAAGGAAAGGAUGUUCCGUGGGCGUUGGCCUUUGGUGUGCCCCCUGCUGCUAUUAUGGCUUCGAGCAUGCCUAUCCCCGACGGUGUGACCGAGGCGGGCUACGUCGGAGCGAUGACCGGUUCAUCGUUGGAGCUUGUCAAGUGUGACACCAACAAUUUGUAUGUGCCCGCGACAUCAGAGAUCGUUCUCGAAGGCACAUUGUCCAUUACCGAGAGUGGUCCAGAGGGCCCGUUUGGUGAAAUGCACGGAUACAUCUUCCCGGGUGAUGUCCACGUCUGCCCCAAGUACAAGGUGAACCGGAUCACAUACCGCAACAACCCUAUCCUUCCCAUGUCCUCUUGUGGACGGUUGACUGAUGAAACGCACACCCUGAUUGGCUCCCUCGCCGCCGCAGAAAUCCGCAAAAUCUGCCAGCAACACGACCUCCCCAUAACCGACGCCUUCGCACCUUUCGAAUCCCAAGUCACAUGGGUGGCUCUACGCGUGGACACCGCCAAGCUCCGCAGCAUGAAGACUAACAGCACUGAAUUCCGAAAGAAGGUUGGUGAUCUUAUCUUCAACGAAAAAGCUGGAUACACCAUCCACCGGCUCGUGCUCGUUGGCGACGAUAUCGACGUCUACGAUGGCAACGAUGUUAUGUGGGCUUUCUCCACCCGUUGCCGGCCUGGUAUGGACGAGACACACUAUGAGAAUGUCCGAGGAUUCCCAUUGAUUCCGUAUAUGGGCAAGGGUAAUGGUUCGCCGGUCCAGGGCGGUAAAGUGGUCUCGGAUGCAUUGAUGCCCGUCGAAUAUACCACCGGCAAGAACUGGGAGACUGCUGAUUUUGAGAGCUCGUUCCCGGAGGAGGUCAAGUCGAAGGUGUUGGCGAACUGGGAAAAGAUGGGCUUCCGUGGUAAUUAAAUCAAUAUAAAAUGAAUUUUUAUAUAAAUAUAGAAAAAUCAAUUAUUAGUUAUUGGACAG